GAGGACAGCAGGAAGAAUCGGGUGUGAUGGAGCCUCGUGGAGCCGGCUUUUACUAUGAGUUGAGGCCCCGUAAUUAAUUGGGACUGGCAUGGAGAAGGAGAACUCCGCAUCGGGCGGAGGUGGCGGGGGCGGUGGAGGUGGCGGAGGCGAAGCGGCGGCCACGGCGACUCCAGGCGCCACCUCCGCCUCCGAGAAACUCCAGGCGGACCAGGCCAAUCCGUUGCUCGAUCCGACUGCUCUCUUCGGCGCGUAUUGGCCUCGUGGCGACAGUGCAGCUUCGUCGCUUUUCGGCGGUAUGCCGGGCGGAUAUGGGUUGGGGGCUCAUCAUUUGCCAUCGGCUUACGCGAUCCUGGGCCGUGGAGGCUCCGCUCCCGGAUUCGGGGGCCACACACCAGCUUCCGCUCCGCCGCCACCCCCGUACUCUCACAGCAGCCUUGGUACUCUGAGCGUAGCUGCCAGUCAGGCUGCGAGUUUAGGUAUCAAUCCCGCUAGUGCAGCAUGGUGGACGAUGGCCUCACAUUUGGCGGCACAGGACUACCUCGCGAGGUUGCAAGGAGCGGCAGGAUUGCCCGGAUUUCCGCCUGGCGCCGAGAGCCUUCUGCCACCUUAUCCUGCUUCUCUUCUUAAUCCCCCGUCCCUAUCGUCCCACAAGUCCAGUAAGUCUAAGUCAAGCAAGAGUCACAAGACGCCAGCGAGCAGCAGCAGCAGCAGCAGCUCGACGACGCCGAGUAUGACGAGCAGCAGUUUACCGGUCUCGACUCAAGCACCAGUCACGUCCUCUCAUCACAGCACGUCGGCCAGCAGCACGCCGAAUUCGCAAACGAACGUUGUCAGUUCUGCGAAAGAGGGCAGCGACCCCAGCAGUAUAUUAGGAGGUGUACGGCUGCCGCCCGAUACGGAGAUUAUCAAGUAUACGUCGAGCAUAGUCGGUCCAAAGGUUCCUGGCACAACGAACCGCGGCAGGAAGAAAACUAUAUCCUUAGACACGCCGAGUGUGAGCGUACAUCCGCCGCCUGUGCCAGCUCUCAGCGCUCAUCAAACAAACACCACGACGUCUUCGUUGAUGAUGGAACCGAGAAAGUAUAAUCGCACCGGGACCGAGUCGAACGACUACAGGGAGUCGGUGGAUCGCGUGGAAGUGAUCAAAUUGCCGGCACACUCGACAAACGGCUCUGUCUUACCGGCGCCAACGUCCUACACGACGACCACUAACGCGACCAAUUCGAACGAUUCGGACGCGCCUCUGAACCUCUCGCUGAAGCCCGCGACGACGAGCAGUAACUCGCCGAUUUCCGGCAGCCAGCCGCUCAGCCAGCUUAGUAAUUUAAGUCAAUCGUUACUCGCCUCCGAUCGUACUUCGAGAAGAAAACCAGGACCGAAGCCCCGAAGAGUGCCGCAGAACUCCGUGCCGGUGCCAGCGUCGCCAAGCACAUCGUUGGCGCAGAUGUUCGCCGCGGCGGAUUCGCCUCAACGACCGAGCAGCGGAAGCGAGGAGAGCGAGAGCGCGAGCACGACCCACCACAAGGACGGUCGGCCGAGAAACUUGGGCCGCGGAGUGUCGAAACCGAAGAAGAACACGGUGGCCUCGUUGCUAGCUCAGAGCAGAGCUCUGGGGAUCAAACCGACGCCCACCUUGGACCCCAGCGUGCCAUUGUCUCAUCAGGUCUCGUUACUGAGGUCGAAUAUUCUAGCUGCUCAGCUACAUGGCACUUCCACUGGUCAGACCGACGACAAGAAUCAGCGGUCCUUACAGGAAAAGAUGAAGAACAAGCUGCUGGAGGUGUCCGGCGAGGAGAGCAACAUGGACGUGACGAGCGAGAGCGGCAGCAACACGGACGUCGUGACGGACACCGACGACGACAACGCGGACGGCGUGUCCAGCGCCAAGAGAAGAAAGGUGAAGCCCAGCGAGAGGGAUCUCCAGGUGCCGCUCGAGCGUGGUUGGAAGCGAGAAACCGUCAUCAAAGGAUUAGGGAAGUCGGGAGUGAUUAAGGGUGACGUGUCUUAUUACAGUCCUUGUGGAAAGACGUUCAGAAGCAGUCCGGACUUGGCGAAGUUUUUGGAACAACAGAAUCCGCCCGAGUUAACGACAGCGAACUUCUCGUUCUCGUCCCGGCCGCUGGUGGGCGAGUUCCUGCAGCCGACGAUGGGCCUCGCGGAGGCGGAAUUCGUUAGGUUGGGCGCUCAGGAAGUUGCGAGAAGAUUGGAGGAGCUGAGAGCCGCCGGUGGUUUCAGGGACGUGCGGACGAACAAUCAGUACGAGAGAGAGAAGCUAGCGUACGCGAAAAAGCUGGCAAAGGAGGAGGCGCAGCGGCACAAGGAGCAGGCUAGGCUCAUCAAGGAACAGGAGAAAUCCGAGAGGCAGGAGGCGGUUAGACGGGAGCGGGAGAUUCGAAAUCAACAGCUGCUUGAGUUGGUUGCGAAGCUCGAAAAAGGCUCAGCCUAUCCUCUUCACAGUGAGACCACGCUAGAAAUCCAACCACCACCUACCACCACCAUCACCACUACUACCACUACCACCACGAUCAUUCACCCAAGUUGCUCAAAACAAUUGUUUACGAACGUCCUCCUCGAACGAAGGACGGCGGGCCACCGUCGUCGAAAAGAGCGACGGACGUCACUCGCACGCGUACCACCACGUAAUCACGUUUCGUCGAUUAACACGAUCGAUUAUUGGGCAUCCCUAAACCUACAAACGCAGGGUCGAAAGCGGCUAGCGUUCACGAUCAAGCAGAAAAUGAAGAUCAUCCAAGAGAUCGAACGCGGUAAGAGCAAGAGCGACGUGGCGCGCGAGCUGGGUCUGGCUAGCAGCACGGUGGCCACCAUCUGGAAGAAUCGGGAGAGCAUCGCGGAGAGUUGGAGGAACCGCGACAUGAUGCACCACUCUGAUGUCGAGGACUCGGUCGUGAAAAAGUCCGGCCUCUCCUCGUCGUCCAAUUUGGCCUCCGUCGCGUCCUUGGUGACCAACAAUACGGUGUUAAACACCGUAAACACCAUCAACAGCAGCACCACCAACGUCACGUUGCCCGCUGCCGUCGUGGUGACACCGCCACAGGUGCAGGUGGUGCCGCCGCCGCCACCGCCGCCACCACCGCCACCGCCGCCGCCUCUCCCAUUGCCGACCACCCCCGCCACCUCCGCCACGGUCGUCCCGUCGACCUCGCAACCGACGCAGCUCUCCACACCGCCAACCUCCAGCACCGCGUCCACUGGCACCACCACCACCACCAUCAACGCCAGCAUGGACAAUACCCAGCAGGCCCAGACCCAGACGCAAAGUCAGGAGCUUCUGGAGGCUCGGAAAAAACGGCAGGAAGAGGUGGAGAAGAUACGACUGGAAGAGCAACAACGGAAGCAACAGGAACGGGAGCUGAAGCGGCAGCAGGCGGUUAUGCUGAAAGAACAGAUGUACAUGCAGGAGCUCACCAAGCAGCGCGAGAUGCUCUACACCGUCGAGCUGGAGAGAGAGCGGAGGAGACAGCACAUGGCGUUGGUUCGAGCACUAGAGAAUCGUCGAAAAAUGGAGGAGAAGGAGAAGAAACGAUUGGAGGCGAGGGCCGAGAGAAUAGCGACGAAGGAGAAACGUGCGGAACAGAGGAAGGUGGAGAUGGAACUGAUCGAACAGAUCAGAAAGCCUGUGGAGGACAUGGAGCUAACGGAUCAUAGAUCACUGCCAGAAUUGAAGCGAAUACCCGGUCUCAAGCUGUCUGGCCAGGCGUUCGCAGACAUCGUGAUGGUGUUCGAGUUUCUGCAUAAUUUCGGUGAAACCUUAGGCUUCGAUAUGGAGUCGCUGCCAAGCCUAAAGAGUCUUCAGCUGGCGCUGCUGAACGACGAGGAAGCCGAGGAGGAACUCCUUUCGGUAAUGACGCAUCUGCUGGUAUGCGCGAUCGAGGAUCCUGGGAUCCCUCAACCAGCGAGACACACGACCGGCCUUGGUCAGAGUUUGCGUCAAGCUGACAUAACGCACGCCAACAUCAGCGAGGUUUUGCGAAUCUACUUGUACGCGAACGCGACAGGGGAGGUGAAGGCUUUGACAGGCGUGUGUCUGGAACGAGAACGCGACAAAAAGUUCGCGGAUCAUCAUCAGAACGGUGGCGACUAUGCCUCGACUUGCUCGGGCAAGAACGCCCAGUUCUACGAACAUUUGCACAAUAACGAGACCUGGAAGAUGUCCGAGAGGUUGAGGGACAAACCAUUCCUAGCCUUGAAUCCGACGCACAAGGCGCAGAUGCUCGCGUUCCUCUGCAACGAGCUGUUGCAGAACAAGGCUGUGAUCAGACAGAUCGAGGGUAGCUUGGAAACGGUGGCUCAAUUGAGAAAAGAGAGAUUCGUUUUGGACACGAAGAUCAGAAAGCUGAGACAAUUGCACAGUCGAAAAGUGCGAAUGGAGGCGGUAGGGGUGAUCGUCAAUAAAACUGGAGACACUAUCACGAUCGAGAAGAAAGAGGUCGACGAGGAAGGUAACACGACGUCGACAGCAGUGGGAACAACGCCUACUCCCGACGAAAUUCAUCACGAAGACGAAGUUGAAGACAUGUCCGAGAAUGAGAGCGAAGGGACUCAACCCGAAGAGGAGGAGGACAAGAAUCUGUCUGGCGAGGAGCUCGGCAAGAAAUUGGAUAAACUGUUGAAACAAUCGGAAGAGCAAUUGCAGAAAUUGAACAGCUCCUCGAAGCAGCUACGAGCGCAUAUAUUUGGGCAAGACAGGUACUGGCGAAGAUACUGGGAACUGGCAUGCGCAGGCGGCAUUUUCGUGGAGGCCAUGGAAAGCGCCGAACCUGAGAUCCUCGAGCUGCAGGCUGAACUAGACGAAAAGUACAAAAACGUGGCGGUGGAAGAGAAGUCGGAAACAAAACAGGAGGACACGAAGGUCGAGAAUCGCGAGAACGAGGCACCGAACGACGUGAAGAAGGAGAAGAAAUUCAAUUCGAACGAGCAAGAGGAGGACGCGAAACCUUUGGCGGAUAAAACGAAGUCUGAAAUCGAGAGGAAUGAUGAUUGCAAGAAGGAACCGAUGCAGAACUGCGAAAACUUGACGAACGUGAAGGAGGAGAAGAAGAACGAUUUGGACAAUUCGGUGGCCGAUGCGAAGACCAACGUCACGUCUGAGGAGAUCAAACAGGAAACAGAAGUGGUCAAUAUGGAUGUGGAUGCGAAAGAAGAGACGAAGAAAGAGAACGAUGAAACGGACGAGGACGUGAAACCGGCGGUGAAAAUGAUGGAAGAUAAAAUCGUCGAAACGAUCCCAAAUGGUGACAAGUUUAACCAUGUUAAUAACCUUCACAACGGAAAGGAAUUAAACGGCACCUUUAUUUCUAAUAACAGCAACGAAUCCAAUUGGUUCUCGAUUUUACCUCGGGAGACUUGCGAUACUCCAGGACCAAGUACCAAGCAAAUAUUUGGCAUAGCCGAACCAACCGAAUUAAGAAUACCAGUAUUCCCUCCGCCGGCUAGUCCGAACUACGACAGAUGUGACAGUCCAGCUCCUUUGAUUUUGACUCAGGACGAGGCAGCGCAGCUUGAAUACUUGAAAGUGCACGGUUUGCCACCCCCUGGAGAAGCGAAACCAGUACCGAAGGACCUGAGAUACGGUUGGUGGAGAAUAACGGACGUCGACACGUUUCAAGAACUGUUGGAACACCUUCAUUCCCGCGGCGUUCGCGAGAAGGAGCUAAAACGAACAACGUGGGCGACCAUGGAAUCCUUCCUAGCUGUUACCGGCAAGAUCAACGUGGAUCCGGGUAACCUUACCGCUACCGAACUUCAAGCGACGCCCGACGAACCCGACACACCGAUUCCGAAACCGGACAACCCAGCAGACUGGAGCGAGCAAGUCGCGUUACGUGUUGACGCGCAAUUAUUGGAACAAGUCGAGGCACUGGAAGACAAAGUUGCAAAUGCCAGCAUGCAGGUCAAAGGCUGGAAGUUGCCUCCACGGGCAGGAACCGAAGAGGCCGAAGAAAUUGAGAAACUGAACGAAAUGGAGAAAAUUAGCGCGGUUGAACAAGCUCGACAAAGGUUACUGUCUCUGGAAGCAGCUAUCGAGAGGAGAUACUUGAAACCACCGUUAGGUGUUUGUACGGGAGAUCCCAAUCUAGCGGCUUUGAAGGCAGAGCAAGCGGCCGCUGCGAACGCAAAUUCGAGUAAUUCGGAUCAGAGCAAUCAGACCCCGGUACCUCAAGAAGAAACGACUCCAAGGGGGCUGAACAACUGGCGAGAAGCUACGGCACGAGCACAUACAUCCGCUCAGCUUGCCAUGGCGCUUUAUAUGUUGGAGGCCAGCAUCGCUUGGGACAAGAGCAUCAUGAAGGCUGUGAGUCUAACACCAGCUAGAAACUCGGUCUGCGUCAAGCUACGAAACCGCUGCGUCUCACUCAAAGCUACCACUCAAUACAAUCAGCUAUUGACUACUUCUCAGGCCUCUAAUUGUCAGUUCUGUCAUAGCGGAGAUAAUGAAGACAAACUAUUAUUGUGUGAUGGUUGUGACCGCGGCUAUCAUACUUAUUGUUUCCGUCCAAAAAUGGAAAACAUUCCUGAUGGUGACUGGUAUUGUCACGAAUGCAUGAACAAAGCCACAGGAGAGCGAAACUGUUUGGUAUGUGGAAAGAGGGUUGGUAAAAACUUAGUGCUAUGUGAACUCUGUCCACGGGCUUAUCACACUGACUGCCACAAUCCUGUUAUGCCAAAAAUGCCAAGGGGAAAAUGGUAUUGUUCUAAUUGCCACAGUAAACAACCAAAGAAGAGAAAUAGUAGUCGAAGGAGUCAUACCAAAGGAGGAGGCACCAGAGAAAGUGAAAGUUCUGAACAUCCACCAGCUAGUCCAACGCCGUCAACGGCAUCGAACACACACGUAGAGGACGUCAGUUCAUCGGAACCAGCAACCCCAACUGCCUCGCCACGGAAGGAGGGAAACAAUAGGACGCUCACGAAGAAACAACAACGAGAGUUGGCUCCUUGUAAGGUGCUACUCGAACAGUUGGAGCAACAGGACGAGGCCUGGCCGUUCCUCUUGCCGGUGAACACCAAACAGUUUCCUACCUACAAGAAAAUUAUUAAAACACCCAUGGAUCUCAGUACGAUCAAGAAGAAAUUGCAGGACUCCGUGUACAAGUCUCGCGAUGAGUUUUGCGCCGAUGUCAGACAGAUGUUCAUCAACUGCGAGGUAUUCAACGAGGAUGACAGCCCCGUGGGGAAGGCUGGACACGGAAUGCGCAGUUUCUUUGAAAUGCGUUGGACCGAGAUUACUGGCGUACCACCUCCACACCCACAAACGCAUAGCUGAGGCUCGGUUCGUUCUCGCAACACCUGCAACAGUUUUGCCCACUUCUACUACUAGAGGGUAGACCUUUCGGUCACAGAGUAUCAUUCGGGAUCGUCCAAAGAAAAACUAUUGGCGAAUCCUGUCUUCUCCGUGCUUCGUCGGCCUCGUUCUAGCGGUCGACUGAACAACUUUAAUUCUAAUAGAGAGAGAGAGAGAGAGAGAAAGAGAGAGAGAGCGAGAGCGAGAGAGAGCGAGAAAACAAAGUAAUAAAAAGUCCACGAAUGCGGGUAUAUCUUCGUAGGCGUCGCAUUACGCGCGUGUUACACAUUCGUCUCUCCUAAUCUUACUCGUGCUCAUUACUCGCCCGUAAUCGACGCUCGCGUGGCUGCUUCUCUCAUUCUAAUCACACAUAUACUUUAAUACUCCAAGUAAUCUAAUGGUGGCGAACGUGUUUAACGGCUCAUACUUCUUCUUUCUGUAGCAUCAACGACGAACUUGACAAAAAAAAAAAAUAAAAAUAAAAAUAAAAAUAAAAAAAAAUGAAAAAAAGAAAAAAUACCGCGGUGUUACAAGAAUUCUGUAUUCGUCGAGACGUUCCAUUGUUGAACGAAACUCAAGUUGCGUUCAACGAACGAGAUAAGGAUUGUAAGUAGGGUAAAUGAGAGAAGCUUUAUCGUGACCGGAAGCCGUGACAGAGAGAUUUUACGAUAUAUAUUACAUUUUGUGAUUCGGAGCUUCUUAAGUUCGACGCGACUAAACAACACCCGUAUAUCAUGGGGACGCAUCUACUCAUUCGAAGACUCCAACCUCCCCUUCCCCGAAUAGAAAUGAAACACAAUGCAGAUGGUCACUGUACUUACCGAGUAAAAAACAAGUAAAUUUUUGCCUAAGCGAACAAGAAUGUAAUUUGCGAUUGUAUUAUACAGGCUUAGUGCCGACGUGUCGGCAAAAGAAAUAUUUUGCAAAUUAAUGAAUGUGAAAAGAAGAGGUAUAAAUAUAUAUAAAUAUAAAUAUAAAUUUAAAUGUAUAAAUAUGAAUAUAGUGUAUAUGUAUACUAUAUAGAUAGUCACGUCACAUGAAACAUACAACACACACAUAACACCUCUGCCCACGAAAACAUCAGCACGAUAAGGGUAACAUUUGCUGUACAGUAAGAUAUACAACAGAAUGACGAACAAAGUCAAUCUUCCAAUUAAGGACGGAGUUAAUGCCAUUCCACGGAUUCUUUGUCCCUUCUUUUUUUUUUUUUUUUUUUUUACUAAUUUGCGCUUUUUACCUUAUUUAUUUAUGUUUGAAUCAUGAAUGAACGGAAAUGAAGCUUCUUGAUUGAAUGUUUGCAAGCAAAUAUAGAAUAGCUUAAUACCUCGACGUGAAUUCUUUAAAAAAAAAAAGAAGAAAUGUGAAUCUUUAUCUGUGUUAAAUGAACCUUGAUGAAUAAUUUGCAAGAAACAUAUAAGAUAUAGAAUGAAAUAAAAUAUAUGAACGUUCAGAGCAUACACCGUUAAAGUCUGAUGCGGACAGUUUUUGUUAACUAAAGUACGUUUUAAUAAAUCCAUUUGCAUGAUUAAAACUAGUGACUGCAGUGACUCAACUGAUAUCGGAUUCAAAUAUCAUAUGUGAAAGCAAUAUAAAUUAAAAUUCCAUUUAACUUAGUGAACAAGAAUAAAUGCAUACGUUGAAUGGCAGUUGCUUUUAACGAAGGAAGGAUGAAAUUACGAAUUUUAAAACAAGGCAAUGAACGAAUCAUUUUUUUUUUUUUUUUUUGGUAAACAAAUUAAAGCAGUUUUAUCCUACAUGGUGCGUAGCAUUAGACUGGCGAAAUGUAAGCGUCGUAAAAUUUUAUCCGCGUCGAGUUCCAACAGGCUCUCGAGUUUGAUUGUUCGUAAUAAUAACGUGAGUUUUUUAAGCGAUAUUCGAUUUCUCGAUAAGAUUGUAGUAAUGUAAUAUUUCACACGCAGUGUACCCGAGAUGAUGAACAACAAACCCAAACACGUUUCGAAACGGAUAUCGUGCGUCAGGGCGUUGUAAGAAUUACGUAUGAAUGAUGGUGUCGGUAGUAAGUCUUGGAUUUAUUAAAUAAGCCGCGGUACCUUCGCAAAUGUGACCAUCGCGCGACGAUAAAACGAUUAAUACAAGAACAUUAAUGAUAUCUUGUUUUUUAUGUAAUUGAUGUACAUUAUUGCUCGUAAUAGCGGAUAGUUAUGUAAUGACGAAGGUUAAAGAGAGAAUAGAAAAAGAAAAAAGGAGAAAUAGAGAAAAAGAGAGAAAACGAGCGAGAGAAAGAGAGAAAGAAAGAAAGAGAGAGAGAGAAAAAAGUGGUUCAGCCGUAGUGAUAUGUGCUAAACAUUCGUAGUAUGUAAAAGUAUUAGCUAGAUUAUAAAAUGCUGCGUGAAAACGAUUACAACGUAAAUGAUGAUUAACGAAAUAUGCAGGGUGCAGCUGGUUACGUGAAAUGGAUGUAUUGUCGUCCUGACAUAAUCUAAGAACGAUCGAUAACGAUAAGAUCGUAACGAGUAAAAACGCGCGUGUUUUUUUGUUACUAUUUAUUCAUUUGAUUUGCAGAUACUACGAUUAUAUUAAAUGACUGUAAUACACUUUUGUCCAUUCUUUUAUUUCUGCAAAUCAAUCAUCAAUCGUACGGCUUGGUUUUUUUUUUUUUUUUAUUCUUUGAGACAAUCGUUAGUUUUCGUUAGUUUCGUAGUAAUAAAUAACAUAAAAUAUACCAUAACGUUAUGUAGUUUGAUACGUGAGCGCAAUGUCGGGGCAUUUCGCGAUCUUAUCGAAUGUUCUUAGAAUGCAAGUCGACGUAAAUGUAUGUGUGAACACGUGUGUACAUCACUUUAUGCACGCAUUGCACCCUCGUAUUAUAGUCGAUGCAUUAGACAUCUCAUACAUUCAGACACACCACCAACAACAACAAGAACAAAUAAUUUUUUAAGAUUCAAUUAUUAUUUAAAUAGUACAGUUACAUUGUUAGUAUGAAUAACGACGCUUUUUAUACGAAUUUUAGUUUUUAAUGUCGAUCUUAUGAUAUAUUAUAUGGUAUAAUGAUAAUGACAAUGGUAAUAACAAUAACGAUAAAUGAUAUCGAUAAUGGAACAGAUUAAAGAGAAAUGAAAAACUGCGCAAAUGAGAAAAGAGAACGCGAAGACAGAAUGAAAGAAACGGAGAAAGAGUGAGAGUGAGAAUGAAAAAGCGAGAAAAAGUUUAUCGAAAGACAGAAAGAGUGUGUGUUUAAGCUAGAUGAUUGUCUAUAGUAUAAACGAAGGCGUACGUUAGGUAGCCUUGAUGCUAUUUAAACAGACUUAAUUAAUGUAUUGCAAAUGAAUUAAUAAAGUGUAAGCGAAGCGUGUAUCUGUACAGUGAAA